AACCGACGCCUCGCCUUCCCCGCACCUGUAGCUGCCCGCCGCGCACCGGCGCGGGGCAUGCGGCGGGUCCCCUGCAGGUCCGCGCCGUCGCCGAGGCACCGGAGGAGGCACCCGCGGCGCUGAGAGAUGAGGCUGCCCCUGGCCCUGCUGGCGCUGGCCGCGCUGGGGACCGCGGGCGGCGGACCGGGCCCGGAGGCGGCGCCGGCGGGGCACUUUUCCACGCCGGAGCAGCACCGGUGCGGCUGGGAGGUGCGCCGGACGGCGGGGGGCAGCGAGCUGCGGCUGAGCUGCCGGCCGCCGGCGGGCCGCGGGGCGGAGCAGAGCUGCGCGUACCGCGGGGAGCCUUGGCGCUGCCCCGCCUACGGCACGCGCAGCCGGCAGUUCUGGCGGCAGGUCGUCGCCCGGCUCCGCCGUCGCCGCCGGCCCUGCGCGGAGGGCGGCCCGCUCAGCGCCCGCUUCUGCGGCCCGGGCCGAGCGCCGCCCGAGGCACAGCUGCGCCUGGUGCCGCCCGGCCCCAUGCCGCCCGGCCCGGCCUCCGCCGAGCCCUCCCCCGAGCAGCUGGCCGAGACCUACUGCGCCCAGCGCUGGCACUCGCUGUGCACCUUCUUCGCCGGCUUCUGGCAGGGCUGAGCUCAGCCGCCCCGCCGCAGCCUCGGCCCUCGUAGCCCUUCGCCCCUCCGCUUUGUCAGUUUUUUAACCUUUCUCCCCCAAUAAAGUGCCAACUUUGAUAACA